GCCCUGCGGGCUGCCGGCUCCUGAGACGACCCUCGGAGGAGGAGGAAGAGGAGAAGCCUGCGGACACAGGCCAGCGUUCAGCACGUGAAGGUGAAGAAUCCCUGAUUCUAAAUCCAGGCAUCUUGGUGACUGCCAGUGCCUUCCGCACCAGUCUCGUGUACAGGCCUGUGAUCGCAGAUACUUGGAAGGCUUCAGCAGGAAGAUCUGCUGUUCAAGCAGCUGACCUGCUCUUCCCCCUGCAUAACUGGGAGCGACUUCCCGGAACAGGCGAAGGUCAUCAGGCAGAGGACCUCGGGUUUGGCCUGACCGGGCUCUAGCCUCGGCCUAGAGGACGGAGCCGGGUCUGGAGGAAGGCCGAGGCCCUCCGAGGAUGCUCUGGCCGCGGGGCAGCCCAGGGCUACGUGCGAGGAGGCCUGUGUUCCUGCACCAUGGGCCAGAGACACUCGGCUGGGAACCACCACCAAGGUGCCCUUAGGGCUCCUCUCUGCUCUGCGCAGUGCUGGCUCCUGAGACGACACCGGGAGGAGGAGGAGGAGGAAGAGAAGGCUGCGGACACAGGCCAGAACGGCUCUUCAUUAUGCUUGUGCCUAUGGGCAAAGGGAAGUAGUGCAUCUCUUACUCACCUAUGACUGCACCGUCAACAUAUUUGACAAGGAGCACUGCACUCCCCUGAUUAAGGCCAGCCAGCGGGAGUUUGCCUUGUGUGCCGAUACUUUGUUAGGAAAUGGAGCAGAUCCAAAUGCUGCAGACAAGUAUGGGAACACCGCCCUCCAUUACGCAGCGCUGAAUGAUGACUUAGAACUGGCAGAUCUACUGCUUGCCUAUGAUGCAAACAUCGAGGCGAGAACAAAGGAAGGCUUCACGCCAUACCUCCUUGCUCUACAGGAAAACAAAGAUCUUAUCGCAGAAUUUUUGGAAGACAUGGGCGCAGAUAUAUAUGCGGAGGAGUUGCUGGACAGAAAACACCGUAAGAUACACCACAGGAAGAUGUGCAAGCAUACAGGACGACGUCCAGAUGCAGCUUGCAGUACAUCUCCCAGCUUCUAUCGCAGGGCGACCAACAGACCUGCUCCUAAAACUAAAAAAAGAGUCAAGAAAAAUGAAGAUUUUAAUGCCCAGGUUGAAAGAAUGGAGAAGGAAAUGGCAAGGAAGUUACUGAAAGACUCAGAAAAGUUACAUCAUAGACCUGCAGCUACUGCUUCUGCCUCUGCUGCUGCCAACCCUGCUUCUGCUGGUUCUGGUGCCGCAGCUCCUGCCUCUACUGCUGCUGCUGCUGCUGAUGGCACUGAUCCUCCUGCUCCUGCCCCUACUGCUUCUCCUGAUCCACUUCCUACUCCUGCCUCUACUACUCCUGAUGAUGAUCCAUUUGAUUCUCCUGCUCCUUCUGCUCGUGAUACUCCAGAUGGUCCUGAUACUUCGGAUGAUCCUGAUACUCCAGAUGGACCUGAAACUCCAGUUGGUCCCGAUACUCUGGAUGGUCGUGACACUCUGGAUGAUCCUGGUAGUCCAGUUGGACCUGAAACUACAGAUGGUCCCGAUACUCUGGAUGAUCCCAAUACUCCAGAUGUCCCUGAAACUCCAAAUGGUGGUGAUACUCUGGAAGGUCCUGACACUACAGAUGAUCCAGAUAUUCCUGAUGGUCCUGACACUCCAGAUGAUCCAAAUAUUCCAGAUGGGCCUGAAACUCCAGAUGGUCCCGAUACUCUAGAUGUUCCUGAUAAUCGAGCUGGUCCUGAUACUCUGGAUGGUCCUGACACUCCAAAUGAUUGUGAUAUUCCAGAUGGACCUGAAACUCCAGAUGGUGCUGAUACUCUUGAUGAUCCUGACACUCUGGAUGAACCUGAUAUUCCAGAUGGACCUGAAACUUCACAUGGUCCUGAUACUAUGGAUGAUCCUGAUAUUCCAGAUGUCCCUGAAACUCCAGGUGGUCACAAUACUCUGUGUGAUCCUGACACUCCAGAUGAUCCAGAUAUUCUAGAUGGACCUAAAACUCCAGAUAGUCGUGAUACUCGGGAUGGUCCUGACAGUCCAGAUGAUCCAAAUAUUCCAGAUGGGCCAGAAACUCCAGAUGAUCCCAAUACUCUGGAUGGCCCUGACGCUCCAGAUGAUCCUGAUAUUCCAGAUGGGCCUGAAAUUCCAGAUGAACCCAAUACUUUGGAUGCUCCUGACACUCCAGAUGAUCCAAAUAUUCCAGAUGGGCCUGAAACUCCAGAUGAUCCCAAUACUCUGGAUGGUCCUGACACUCCAGAUGAUCCAAAUAUUCCAGAUGGGCCUGAAACUCCAGAUGAUCCCAAUACUCUGGAUGGUCGUGACACUCCAGAUGAUCCUGAUAUUCCAGAUGGACCUGAAAUUCCAGAUGGCCCUGAUAAUCCAGAUGAUCCUGAUACUCAAGAUGGACCUGAAACUCCAGGUGGUCCCGAUACUCCGGAUGAUUGUGACAUUCUAGAUGGACCUGAAACUCCAGAUUGUCCUGAUAGUCUGGAUAGUCCUGACACUCCAGAUGAUCCCGAUAUUCCAGAUGGACCUGAAAAUCCAGAUGUUCCUGAUACUCUGGAUGGUCCUGACACUCCGGAUGAUCCUGAUACUCCAGAUGGACGUGAAACUCCAGGUUGUCCUGAUACUCAGGAGGAUCCUGAUCCUCCAGAUGGACCUGAAACUCCAGUUGGUCCCGAUAGUCUGGAUGAUCCUUAUACUCCAGAUGGACUUGAAACGCCAGAUGGUCCUUAUACUCUGCAUGUUCCUGACACUGCAGAUGAACCAGAUAUUCCAGAUGGGCCUGAAAGUCCAGAUGCUCCCAAUACUCUGGAUGUUACUGACAUUCCGGAUGAUCCUGAUACUCCAGAUGGACGUGAAACUCCAGGUGGUCCUGAUACUCUGCAUGUUCCUGACACUUCAGAUGAUCCAGAUAUUCCAGAUGGGCCUGAUAGUCCAGAUGCUCCCAAUAUUCUGGAUGGUCCUGACACUCUGGAUGAUCCUGAUACUCCAGAUGGACGUGAAACUCCAGGUGGUCCUGAUACUCAGGAGGAUCCUGAUCCUCCAGAUGGACCUGAAACUCCAGAUGGUCCUGAUAGUCUGGAUGAUCCUAAUACUCCAGACGGACUUGAAACGCCAGAUGGUCCUGAUACUCUGCAUGUUCCUGACACUGCAGAUGAACCAGAUAUUCCAGAUGGGCCUGAAAGUCCAGAUGCUCCCAAUAUUCUUGAUGGUCCUGACACUCCAGAUGAUCCUGAUACUCCAGAUGGACGUGAAACUCCAGGUGGUCCUGAUACUCAGGAGGAUCCUGAUCCACCAGAUGGGCCUGAAACUCCAGAUUGUCCCAAUAGUCUGGAUGAUCCUUAUACUCCAGACGGACUUGAAACACCAGAUGGUCCUGAUACUCUGCAUGUUCCUGACAGUGCAGAUGAUCCAGAUAUUCCAGAUGGGCCUGAAAGUCCAGAUGCUCCCAAUACUCUGGAUGGUCCUGACACUCUGGAUGAUCCUUAUACCCCAGAUGGACUUGAAACGCCAGAUGGUCCUUAUACUCUGCAUGUUCCUGACACUGCAGAUGAUGCAGAUAUUCCAGAUGGGCCUGAAAGUCCAGAUGCUCCCAAUACUCUGGAUGUUACUGACACUCCUGAUGAUCCUGAUACUCCAGAUGGACGUGAAACUCCAGGUGGUCCUGAUACUCUGCAUGUUCCUGACACUUCAGAUGAUCCAGAUAUUCCAGAUGGGCCUGAUAGUCCAGAUGCUCCCAAUAUUCUGGAUGGUCCUGACACUCUGGAUGAUCCUGAUACUCCAGAUGGACGUGAAACUCCAGGUGGUCCUGAUACUCAGGAGGAUCCUGAUCCUCCAGAUGGACCUGAAACUCCAGAUGGUCCUGAUAGUCUGGAAGAUCCUAAUACACCAGACGGACUUGAAACGCCAGAUGGUCCUGAUACUCUGCAUGUUCCUGACACUGCAGAUGAACCAGAUAUUCCAGAUGGGCCUGAAAGUCCAGAUGCUCCCAAUAUUCUGGAUGGUCCUGACACUCCAGAUGAUCCUGAUACUCCAGAUGGACGUGAAACUCCAGGUGGUCCUGAUACUCAGGAGGAUCCUGAUCCACCAGAUGGGCCUGAAACUCCAGAUGGUCCCGAUAGUCUGGAUGAUCCUAAUACUCCAGACGGACUUGAAACGCCAGAUGGUCCUGAUACUCUGCAUGUUCCUGACACUGCAGAUGAUCCAGAUAUUCCAGAUGGGCCUGAAAGUCCAGAUGCUCCCGAUACUCUGGAUGGUCCUGACACUCCGGAUGAUCCUGAUACUCCAGAUGGACUUGAAACUCCAGGUUGUCCCAAUACUCAGGAGGAUCCUGAUACUCCAGAUGGACCUGAAACUCCAGGUGGUCCCGAUAGUCUGUAUGAUCCUAAUACUCCAGACGGACUUGAAACUCCAGAUAAUCCUGAUGGUCUGGAUUGGCCUGAAAUUCCAGAUGGUCCUGAUACUCCAGAUAGGCCUGAUACUCUGGAUGGUCCUGAUACUCUGGAUGGUCCCAAAACUGUGGAUGAUCCUGAUACUCCUGCUGAUCCUUCUGCUCCUGCUCCACUUUCUCCUCCUAUGUAUCCGCACCUUCUCUUCCUCCUCCUCCUCCUCUUGCUUCUCCUGUUCCUCCUGGCCCUGCUAUUCCACCUGCCCCUGCUGGUCCUGGUGUUCCUGGUGAUGCUGUUUCCUGACCCUCAUGCUCUCCUUGCCUCUUCUGCACCUAAUACAACUGAUGGUCCGGAUAUGUCCGAUGGCUCAGAUGCUCCUGAUGGUCUGGAUACUCCCGAUGGUUCCGAUAUUCCUUAUGGUCCUGAUACUUCUGAUUUUUCUGAUACUCCUGAUGGUCCACAUACCUUUGAUGGUCCCAACACUUCUGAUGAUCCAGCAACUUCUGAUGAUCCAGACACUUCUGAUGGUCCCGAUGCUCAGGAUGGCCCUGAUUCUUCUGCUCCUCCUGUUGGCCUUCUUGAUCCUCCUUUUUUUGUGAUUUCUAAUGUUCCUGCCCCUGCUCCUGUUCCUCCUACUCCUCCUGAUGCUCAUACUUCUGAUGCGGCUGACUGUGAUGAUGGAGAAGAAGCUGUACAAGCAGUCAGAGAGUUUCCUGCUAAGGAGAAACAUGAUAAAAAUGAAAGUGCCUGUCCUUUGGAGAAAGGCAACAAAAGUGAAAUUGCAAGAAGUCAAUUGAGAGAAUUGGUGAGAACACCAACACCUGAGACGUCUACCGCUGCAGUGGACACACUGAUGGAAGUGAAUGGUCAUCACGCAUCAGAUUCCUCCGUUGAAAUGGAAAAAGAAGAUGAGGUAUUUCCUUACAGAAGCCUAAUGGAAGUUAAUAGUACUAAAAAUGAUGUAACUAUAAUAGAAAUGGAAAAAAUGGAAAAACCUGAAGUUUUCUCAAAUGAAAGAGCCUGUCCUUUGGGGAAAGUAAACCAAAGUGAAAUUAUACAAAGUCAAUUGACAGAGUUGGUGAGAACAGCAACACCUGAGACAUCUGCUGCCAAAAUGGACACAGUGAUGGAAACCAACGGUCAUCCCGCCUCAGAUUCUACUGUUGAAAUGGAAAACCACUAUAAAUUACUUACUUACAAAAGCCUAAUGGAAGUUAAUAGUACUGAAAAUGAUGUAACUAUAACAGAAAUUGAAGAAAUGGAAAAACCUGAACUUUUCUUAAAUGAAAGAGCCUGUCCUUUGGGGAAAGUAAACCAAAGUGAAAUUAUACAAAGUCAAUUUCGAGAGUUGGUGAGAACAGCAACACCUGAGACAUCUGCUGCCAAAAUGGACACAGUGAUGGAAACCAACGGUCAUCCCGCCUCAGAUUCCACUGUUGAAAUGGAACACCACUAUAAAGUAUUUCCUUACAAAAGCCUAAUGGAAGCUAAUAGUAAUGAAAAUGAUGUGACUAUAAUAAAAAUUGAAGAAAAGGAAAAACCUGAAGUAUUCUUAAAUGAAAGAGCCUGUCCUUUGGGGAAAGUAAACCAAAGUGAAAUUAUACAAAGUCAAUUGACAGAGUUGUUGAGAACAGCAACACCUGAGACAUCUACUGCCAAAAUGGACACAGUGAUGGAAACCAACGGUCAUCCCGCCUCAGAUUCUACUGUUGAAAUGGAAAACCACUGUAAAGUACUUCCUUACAAAAGCCUAAUGGAAGUUAAUAGUACUGAAAAUGAUGUAACUAUAACAGAAAUUGAAGAAAUGGAAAAACCUGAACUUUUCCUAAAUGAAAGAGCCUGUCCUUUGGGGAAAGUAAACCAAAGUGAAAUUAUACAAAGUCAAUUGAGAGAGUUGGUGAGAACAGCAGCACCUGAGCCAUCUACUGCCAAAAUGGACACAGUGAUGGAAACCAACGGUCAUCCCGCCUCAGAUUCCACUGUUGAAAUGGAAAACCACUAUAAAGUAUUUCCUUACAAAAGCCUAAUGGAAGCUAAUAGUACUGAAAAUGAUGUGACUAUAAUAAUAAUUGAAGAAAAGGAAAAACCUGAAAUAUUCUUAAAGGAAAGAGUCUGUCCUUUGGGGAAAGUAAACCAAAGUGAAAUUAUACAAUGUCAAUUGAGAGAGUUGGUGAGAACAGCAGCACCUGAGACAUCUACUGCCAAAAUGGACACAGUGAUGGAAUCCAAUGGUCAUCCUGCCUCAGGUGAACCGGAGCACACAGGGAGCAGGCUUAACGAUUCCACUGUCGAAAUGGAAAACCACUAUAAAGUAUUUUCUUACAAAAGCCUAAUGGAAGUUAAUAGUACUGAAAAUGAUAUAAGUAUAAUAGAAAUUGAAGAAAUGGGAAAACCUGAAGUUUUCUUGAGUGAACACCCCUGCCCUCUGGCAGAUGAAAAGAGAGGUGAAAAUAGCAAAUUCACUAUAAGCGAAUCCGUGUCUGCAUCAACCAGUGAAGGGUCUCCUGGUAAAACUGCUGAAAUGGACACUGUGCCACAAGUUUACAGCAGGCCCGUGCCCGGUGAUCUACACCACACCAAGGGAAGAAAUGAAAGAGCCUGUCGUUUUGGGAAAGGAAACAAAGGUGAAAUUUCAAAAGGUCAAGAGAGAGAGUUGGUGAGAACAGCAACACCUGAGACAUCUACUGCAGAAAUGGACACACUGAUGGAAUCCAACGGUCAUUCCGCAUCAGAAUCCACGGUCGGAAUGGAAAACCAGUAUAAAGCCUUUCCUUACAGAAGCCUAAUGGAAGUUAAUAGUACUGAAAAUGAUGUAACUAUAAUAGAAAUUGAAGAGAUGGAAAAACCUGAAGUUUUCUUGCAAGUCAAUCUAAAACGAGGAAAAACACAUAAGAAAUACAGUAUAAGGAGUGAACCCCCCUGCCCUCUGGCAGACGAAAAGAAAAGUGAAAAAUGUAAAUUCAGUGUAAAGGAGUGCAUGUCUACUUCAACCUGGGAAGGGUCUCCAGUUGAAAGGGAUACUGCGUCACAAGUUGGCAGCAGUCACGUGCCAGGUAACCUACACCACACCGGAAGAAGGCCUGCAAAGAAUACGUCUAACGAACUCCACAAGGUGGGCGAACGAAUUGAUGGAAGGACCAGACGAUUUCUCUCAUUCACCACAAAAAACUUCAGACGCCUUUGCUGCUUCAGAUCCUCCGAGGUCCUCUGAAGACUCUUUCAUGUUUAAUUCAGAACUCAAGACAUAAUCCUCCUGAGAGAAUUUACAAGAACAAAAAAUCCAUGUAUUUUACAAAAAUGUUAUUGAGAUAAACAUAGUUAUCAUUUAUGAUUCCUUUAAUUACAUUUGUGCUUUGGAAUUCA